AUGCCGUUGAAGCCAUCGCAGACGCGCAGCGGAGCCGUGCACCUCCCACUCGUCCGCGGCGCACCCGUCCAGCGCCUCACGGUCUCGCUCUUCUUGCGCUUCUGGAUCCUCUUCUUCAUCCAAGCAGUCUUCCUCAUCCCCUUGCAGUGCUUCCUCGAGUACUUUGUCCUCCGUCUGUUCUCUCCCGUGGUCCAGGACGUCGGUCGCCCCAUCUACACCCACUACCUCAUCAAGCUCGUUCAAGCCGUCUACCGCCGCUCGACCCCUGCCCAGCUCCGUGUCCUCGCCGACCGCGUCCGCUCGUAUGCCCUCGUUCACUCGGCGCCCAAGUACCGCGGCUGGGUCAAAAAGGUGGAGGUGAACGGGACGAGCGGAAGGUGGCUUGCUGCACCCGAGACGGACAGGAAGAAGGACGACGUCGUCGUCUACUUCAUCCACGGAGGAGGCUUCAUCUUUGACUCGGGCAUCAACUCGCAAGACUUUUUCCUCAGCACGAUCAAGGCGCUCAAAGACAAGCACGGUCUCCAGGCCUCGGGCUUUUUCCUCGACUACCGCCUUGCUCCCGAGUACAAGUACCCGUCGCAGCUCAUCGAGACGCUAGCGGGCUACCACUACCUCGUCAACACGCUGGGCAUUAGCGAGGACAAGAUCCUGAUCGCAGGCGACUCGGCAGGCGGCAACCUCGCUUCCGCCUUCCUCCUCCACCUCGCCCGUCCUUCGCCCGACAUCUCGGUCCCGUCUUCGCUCGGCCCGACGCCGAAGAAGCCCGCUGGCGCCCUCCUCAUCUCGCCCUACGUGAACCUCUACUCGAACACGGCCGAGUUCCACGCCAACGCGACCUACGACCUCCUCUCGACUUCGCUCAUCGCCCGCGCGGCCUUCCACUACAUCGGCGCCGAGUUCCCCCGCGAGUACCGUUUCCGCCACCCCUCGUCGAACCCCUUCCGCCUCCUCCUUUCGCCGCAGAAGCUCCCGAGUCACGAGGCAGAGAAACUGCCUGGCGUGUAUGGCUGGUCGGAUGUCAAAGGUAUCGAGCUCUUCCGCAGCCCGUAUGUUCAGCCGAGCGUCCAGCGCGACAAGAAGUGGUGGAAGGAGGCCAUGCCUGGUGACGGCAAGACCAUCGUCUCGUGGGGCGGCCGCGAGUUGUUCUCGGAGGACGACGCCGUCUUCUUUGACCUCCUCGAAAAGUCUGGCAUCAAGCCCGUCAAGCACUUCCACCCCGAACGCAUCCACGACUUCAUGCUUCACGACUGGGCUCUUCCGACGACGUGGCGCACCCGCCGCACGGGCGCCGACGCCGACGACUUCUACCUCGGCCGCAACCUCGUCGUUUCCCUUCUCAAGCGCAUCUCGGACGAGGCCAAGGUGUCGCAGCGCGAGGCGGAUCACAAGCCGGAGGAGGCCAAAUCGACCGCGACGCAGGAUGCCAAGACGACCAAGCUGAACGGAGAGGCUGCUUCGCUCCGCCAGCGCUCGAAGCAGGAGGCCAAGUCUACUCCGACACCUGGGCCCGCGCCCAUCGCCGAUAAGCCCUCUCCGAGAGCGCCCACCUCGUAUGCUUCGAUCGCCUCGCACGACGAGCACAUCCCUUCGUCUGCUCCUGUCGUCGCCGAGGGCGAACACGCGAAGAUCAAGACGCUUGAGGAGCAGGCUGAGGAGGAAGCGGAGGAGGCCAAGCAGCAUUCGACGGACGGAGCGAGUUAUGCACAUGUCGCGGCCGACUCCGAACACGUCAAGGAGGACGCGCCGGUCGUUGCGGAAGGCGAGGGCGCGACCAUCCACCGCAAGUCGGAGGAAGAGACCACGACCAAGACUGUGCCGCCGCCUGCUCCUUCGCCCGUUCCCGAAGUCUCGACCGACACGGCGUCGCCCUCUCAGCCCGCCGAGCCGACGAGCGAACUCCCGACCGUCUCGAAGGCUACCAAGAAGUCGAAGAAGAAAAAGGGCGGCAAAUCGUCGCCUACCGGUCAGGCGAACGGCACGAACGGCGGCUCGUCUUACGCCGCGAUUGCGAGCCACGACGACAACGUCCCGCAAGGAGCGCCUGUCGUUGCCGAGGGAGAGGGAGACGUCCUCAAGGCGCACCUCGAGAACGGGUCGCUCGCGGUCGAGAAGGCUUAG